UCUCCCCCAGGGGAGAACAGCUCAUCCUCCUCCCUCACUUACCCUAUCACACCCUUAGAGGGGAAUCCCAAGGGGAAGAUGAAAUUCCCAGAACAGAGCCCCCUCCUAAAACUAACUCUGGAAUCUCUGAAUUUUGGUUUAGAAGGAAACCACUUUUUUUUCACAAUUCCUUUUCAUAAUUUUCAUACCUGAGGGCACCAGAAACAAAAUUUAUUUUACAAUAAUUAUUAUAGCCAAAGCCACUAUGUAUUCUGAUUUUCUAGGAUGGAGAUUUUGAAUAUUGUCUCAGUCCAGCAAACAGACACCCUGUUGCUUUUGAGUGUGAAAUAAUGGAGUCACUAUGGUGAUCAACCAAUGGGUCCUCACCAGCUCCUGGAACUUAGAACUUAGUUCUCUAUAAAUGCCAGUAGACCUGCCACUUUCCUCUGGAAUCUGAAACAGUUCUCACAGAGGCUACCUCUUUUCUUGUGGCAAUAGAUAGGUGCCCGGAUGGUAGCCUAACUCAGUGUUUCCUAACUCAAUAUGUUCAUAAGCUGUGCUUUUCAGAGCAAGAAGUGAUUUAAAGUUAUGUAGAGGCAACACAGCUUUCUAAGAAUAUUUUUGGCAGUCUGAUAAAGAAGAUACAGGCCCUGGAAGAGUGCGUGUUAGCCCUUGGGACACCCGCCAGAUGUUAGUGCACAUAAAUUUGAGGAGACAAUGGCCUUCACUGUUACUAUUCAAAGUGCUGCUCACAUUCUUUAAUCGGCAACGAAAAUUAUUUCACUUUCAAGGUCCAGGCCGGUCAGAGGUGGAGUUGGGGGAGGGCUGUGACAGAGGGCCUGUCUCGCACGGUGAAGGCAGGGAAUUGUCUUAGUGUCCCAUUAGGCGGGUUCCCUGCUUUCCUCAGGGCGAAGGGCAGCGAGUGGCAGUGGGAGGCUGGACGCAAAGCUAGGGUGUGCGUCACCUAUGUUUUCCGGGCUGUCAGGCUCCCAGUGUACCCAGCUUUUCAGGUAGGGACGACCCCUCCCACGCAGAGCGGUUCCGGCGGGUGGGAAGGAGGGGCUGGGCUCCGAGCGCCCGCCCCUCCAUCUAUCACAUGGCCGGAGAGUCACAAAAACAACAGCUUUGGCCAAGACCGUGACUUCAGGAAAGGGAACCCAGGGCCCUCGCAGAUAGCCCCCCUCCCCAUGGAGGACAGUUUUCUUGAAUCCUUUGGGAGGCUGAGCCUCCAGCAGCAGCAGCAGCAGCCGCCGCCUCGGCCGCCGCCCCCGCGGGGGACACCUCCGCGCCGCCACAGCUUUAGGAAACACCUCUACCUCCUGCGAGGCCUCCCGGGCUCGGGGAAAACCACACUGGCCAGACAAUUGCAACAUGACUUUCCCAGGGCCCUGAUUUUCAGCACGGAUGAUUUUUUCUUCAGGGAAGAUGGUGCCUAUGAGUUCAAUCCUGACUUUCUGGAGGAAGCUCAUGAAUGGAACCAGAAAAGAGCAAGAAAAGCAAUGAGGAAUGGCAUAUCCCCAAUUAUUAUUGAUAAUACCAACCUCCACGCCUGGGAAAUGAAGCCCUAUGCAGUCAUGGUAUUUCAGACCGAACAAAAGAAUCUUUUCAGGCUGGAAAUGGUGGUAGUUUUCAGGCCAGAAAUGAAGAAACAUUCAUGGAGUCCCAAGAGAAAAAAUACACCGGAUGAAAGAACGGUCCCUUACAGCCUAUUCCCACAGAACAAUAAGAUGUGUGGAGAGUCAUGGCACGACCAAGAUGAACUUAAAUGGUCACACCAAGUUGCCCAUACUGGCCUCAAACUUGUGAUCCUCCAGCCUCAAGUCUCCUGAGUAACUGGGAUUUCAGAAACCACAAAUCCUAUUAGGUCCACUUCAGAAUAAGGUGGCUGAAAGUCUGGAUCUAAUAGUCUGUUGAAGUGAAGGGGCUCCCUUGGAUGAUAAACCUGCAAUAAGACUUCAUCAGAAGCCUACAGAAAACAAAACAAACCAAAUAUUCAGUAUAUGGAGAUUCUCCAAAGUAAUAUGUGUUUAACAAAAUUGAAAAAUUAAAAUGAAAGGUUUUU